AUGAGCAGCCCCGUGACUGGCGCCUCCCGUGCACAUGAGCCAGCUCCACGUCCCAGGGCCCAACCCUCCACGUGCACAAAACCCCAGCCUCCGGGUGAGCCAGCCCCCAGUGCCAGAGCAACCCCAGUGCACAUGAGCCAACCCCACGGCACAAGCCGCCUCCACGUGCAUUUUGAGCCACCUCCACUCACUGGCCGGUUGGCUAGUGCCACUAUACAACAAGAGAACAAGUAUGGCGUUGCAUAUAAAGGUCCAAGAAUACGAGGGAAUCCAACACGGGAGCAGCUGAUGUGUGCCUUCCGCCACUCCUCCUUCAGGUCUCUUAGAGAUGGGGAUGAACCAUUCACCUCACAGGGCUUAGCCAAACACUUCCCUAGCAGUGGCCUCCUUGAGGGUCGCUACUUCAACACCUGUGCUGUGGUCAGCAACGCUGGCUCCAUGAAGGGAUCAAAGAUGGGCAACUUUAUAGACUCCCACGAUGCAGUAAUACGCUUCAACCACGCACCCACCGAGGGGUUCGAGGAAGACGUAGGUACGAGGACAACCUUGAGAAUCAUCAACUCUCAGGUUGUAACUAAGCCCAACUUCGACUUCUGGGGCUCACCCCUGUACUCUGGCGUGGCGUUGCUGGUGUGGGAUCCCUGCAAGUAUAAUGCCUCCCUGGACGAGUGGUACAGGUCACCGGACUUUGACUUCUUCCCUGUGUACUUCCGUCGACGACUGAUGCUGCCACAGGAGGACAUGCAUCUGCUGCACCCAGCCUCCCUCUGGCGGGUGUGGGAUGUGCUUCAGAGCCAUACGAACACCCACGUCCUCCCCAACCCACCCUCCUCUGGCUUCCUCGGUGAGCUUCCUCUCAUACCGUCUCCUGCCACAGACAUGCAUCAUCAAAUACUCAUGUUCAGUCGUGCUGUAUAG